CUAAAUUAAAUAAAUAGCCCACCAUAUUAAUGAAGCUCUUAUAAAUUUGUUAAUUUAUUGUUAAGCUCUCUCAGACCGGAGGAGACAAAGGACUCUCUCAUUCUCUCAUUGGCGGUUCCUUUUUCUCUCGAAAACCUCACCGACGUUUCUCUCAGGUAGAGGAAAAUGAUGAGGCUGCAAACCUAUGCUGGUCUCAGUUUAGCCGCGACGCUAGCAGUUAUUUAUCAUGCGUUCAACAGUAGAGGCCAGUUUUAUCCUGCUAUGGUUUAUUUAUCAACCUCUAAGAUCAGCUUGGUGCUGCUUCUCAACAUGGGCCUUGUCUUUAUGUGUAUCUUAUGGCAAUUAACCAAAAGGGUAUUCCUUGGGUCUCUUCGUGAAGCUGAGGUUGAGCGGUUGAAUGAGCAGUCUUGGAGAGAGAUCAUGGAGAUCCUCUUUGCAAUUACUAUUUUUCGACAAGACUUCUCUGUUAUAUUUCUUGCAAUGGUUACAGGUUUGUUGUUAAUCAAGGCUUUGCAUUGGAUGGCACAGAAGAGAGUUGAGUACAUUGAGACAACCCCUUCUGUUCCUAUGUUGUCUCACAUUAGGAUAGUUUCUUUCCUGGGUUUCCUUCUUCUUCUAGAUUGUCUGUUUUUGUACAGUUCUAUCAAGUUUCUUAUCCAAACACGACAAGCUUCAGUUUCCCUCUUCUUUUCAUUUGAGUACAUGAUACUGGUGACGACAACAGUGGCAACUUUUGUAAAAUAUGUUUUCUAUGUGAGUGACAUGCUUAUGGAAGGACAAUGGGAAAAAAAGGCUGUCUAUACCUUCUACUUGGAGCUCAUCCGGGACUUGCUUCACUUGUCUCUGUAUUUAUGCUUCUUUCUUGUGAUUUUCAUGAAUUAUGGUAUACCUCUGCACUUAAUACGGGAACUUUAUGAGACCUUUAGGAAUUUCAAAAUUCGUGUUGCUGAUUACAUGCGUUAUAGGAAGAUCACUUCAAAUAUGAAUGAUAGAUUCCCAGAUGCAACCCCUGAAGAGCUCACUGCAAGUGAUGCAACCUGUAUUAUAUGCCGUGAAGAGAUGACCACAGCAAAGAAGUUAAUUUGUGGGCAUCUUUUUCACGUGCACUGCCUUCGGUCAUGGCUGGAGAGACAGCAUACCUGCCCUACGUGCAGGGCACUGGUUGUACCAUCUGAAAAUGAAACAAGUUCAUCUGGAGGGCAACAUGGACAUCGGUCAGAUGCUCAUGAACAAGGGUCCAGCACAAGUUCAUCUACUCAAGGUCCUGGUGUUGACAUGGCCACUGACAAUUUGACCCAGCAUCCGGCCAGGCUUCAGGCUGCUGCUGCUGCAGCGUCAAUAUAUGAGAAAUCCUACGUCUAUCCUUCUGCGAACACACUAGUUUGGUCUCCUAGAUAUGCUGUACUUCCCAAGGCUUAUGGUUCAUUGGCCGACACCAUGAAGGUGGAAUCUAGUGGGGAAAGCACAUCCAUUGGACAACAAUUUGCCAUUCCUGGUGGAUAUGCAAACUUGUCCUUUCCGCAAUUUCCACAUUGUGUUUUUCUUCCUUUCCAAUCACCUGGUGCCAAUGGAAACUCAGGAGAGGGAUCAAGUGGUAAUCAGAGUACUCCAGAUUCUGAGUUGGAAGUUCAGAAGAAGAUUAUUCAGCAGCAGAUUGAGGUGCUGCAACAUCAGCUGCAACUCCUGCAGAUGCGGAAGCCAAAAACUGAAGAAAACACUGACAUUGGUCUCACAGCCUCAUCAGAUAGAAAAGGAAAAACCAUUGCGGCUUCUUCAGAAGAGUGAAGCCAGUGCAUAGUUCGUUCACAAGUCUAGGUUUAUUUAUUUAUUUAUUUUUUCCUUUUACAUGGGAACUAGUGAAUGAGUACAAGGGGGAAAAUGUUUAGCCAAAAAUUGUGGCAUUGCUUCCCCGAAGGCUGGAAGUCCGGUUUAGGGUUUAUCUUCAACAUCGCGUUUCAUUUUUACGUGUAGGAACAUUGGUUUGGUUUCAGCUUUUGGAUUGGAACAUUAUGAUCAUGGAUCCUUUGGAACGUAAAGUUGUGAUAUAAUCCAAGUCUUUUGCGAAGAUCUAUUUAGCUAUCACUAUGUAUACCAGGAAUUGAUUGCUUUGCUUAGUUAUGAAUUAUUUGUAGUGAUCUUAACACACUGACAAAUUAUUACAAUCACAAGUUUCGAAAUUAUACUCAUAACAUUA